CACAAAGUGAUAUUUUUUGCAGCAAAUGGCGGACGACGCCGGUGGUAGAGGAGGUUUUCGCGGAGGUUUUGGCGCUGGCGGCCGGGGUCGGGGCCGUGGACGCGGCAGGGGCCGGGGUAGAGGCCGUGGUGCACGCGGAGGCAAAUCCGAAGACAAAGAAUGGGUUCCCGUGACUAAACUGGGCCGCCUGGUGAAAGACAUGAAAAUCAAGUCUCUGGAGGAGAUCUACCUGUAUUCUCUUCCCAUCAAGGAGUCUGAGAUCAUUGACUUUUUCCUGGGUUCUGGUCUGAAGGAUGAGGUUCUCAAAAUCAUGCCUGUUCAGAAACAGACCAGGGCUGGACAGCGUACCAGGUUUAAGGCCUUUGUUGCCAUUGGUGAUUACAAUGGUCAUGUUGGACUGGGAGUCAAGUGCUCCAAAGAGGUGGCCACUGCUAUCCGUGGUGCCAUCAUUUUGGCCAAGCUGUCCAUUGUUCCGGUCAGGAGAGGCUACUGGGGUAACAAGAUCGGCAAACCUCAUACUGUCCCCUGCAAGGUGACUGGACGUUGUGGCUCUGUCCUGGUGCGUCUGAUCCCUGCUCCUCGUGGUACUGGCAUUGUAUCUGCCCCUGUGCCCAAGAAGCUGCUCAUGAUGGCUGGCAUUGAUGACUGCUACACCUCUGCCAGAGGCUGCACGGCCACACUUGGCAAUUUUGCCAAGGCCACCUUUGAUGCCAUCUCAAAGACUUACAGCUACCUGACCCCUGACCUCUGGAAGGAAACUGUCUUCACAAAGUCUCCAUACCAGGAAUUCACUGAUCAUCUGGCCAAGAAUCACACCAGGGUGAAUGUGCAGAGGGGACAGGCAGCUGUAGCUGCAACCUCCUAAGACUUUUAUACAGCAGAAUUGUUAAAAUAAAACAUUUCUGAAACUUGA